UGCAAUUUGGCAUUUGCCGGGCUCGGUUUACGUCACUUCUGUCAUUUGAUGGAAAACGUAAACACAGCAUUUUCCCCAAUAUAAAUCAUGUACACUUUACUGCACGGUUUCUACAAAUACCUGACACAAAAGGAGGAAUAUUGUGUUCUUAUCCUAGGCCUAGACAAUGCUGGCAAAACGACUUACUUGGAGGCAGCUAAGACGAAGUUCACAAAGAACUACAAAGGUAUGAAUCCGGCUAAGAUAACGACAACAGUUGGCUUGAAUAUUGGGCAAAUCGAUGUGCAGGGAAUUCAUCUAAAUUUCUGGGACUUGGGCGGUCAACAGGAGUUGCAAUCGCUUUGGGAUAAAUACUACCAAGAAUCGCAUGCUGUUAUUUACGUGAUUGAUUCAAACGAUCGUGAGCGAAUGGAUGAGUCCAAGCAAAUCUUUGAUAAAAUGAUAUCAAACGAACUACUAUCCGGAGUGCCUCUUCUUUUAUUAGCGAAUAAACAAGAUUUACCUGACGUUAUGGGAGUUCGUGAAAUAAAGCCUGUUUUCCAACAGGCCGGCGUAUUAAUUGGUCGUCGAGAUUGCUUAGUUAUGCCUGUGUCAGCUUUGACCGGGGAAGGUGUUGACGAGGGCAUCCGCUGGCUUGUAGAUGCCAUCAAAAGAAACAGCAUAAUCCGACCGCCAAGAGAGAAUGAUUGAGAAGGUUUUAUUCGAUAUACACUUUUAUUAAUGUUAAAAAUAUAUUUAGAUUUAUUUGAAAUUUAUAUAAUAAUUUUAUUCCAGAGAAUAAGACAGAUAAAUUGUAAAAUGUAUAUAAGAAAUAUUAACAGAAAUUUAAUAAUAAAACUAUUGAAAGUCAA